CUCCUCCUCCUCCUCCUCCUCCUCCUUCUUCUUCUCCUCCUCCUCCUCCUCCUUCUCCUCCUCGUCCUCCUCGUAGUGCGGUGGCGGCGGGCAGGCUCCGGCCGCGGCCCCGCAGCUCACCGCCGAGGCGGCGCGGCCUCCCCUCCUUCCCCCGGUCGCUGCCCGUUCCCGGCGCGAUGUCGGGCGGCGCGGCGGGCGCCCCCAAGCCCCUCCCGUCCUCCGGGCCCAAGUCGCUGCGGGAGAUGCCGCAUCCCCUGGCCACGUCCAGCAGCGAGGAGAUGGGGCCGGCGCUCACCCCCAGCCCCGACCUCCUCCUGCCCCGCAGCAUCGCCGACAAGGAUCUCAGUCUACCCAAUGGCACACCUGUGGACACUUCUAGCCCAGCCUCCUCCUCAUCUCUUCUCAACAGACUGCAGCUGGAUGAUGACUUGGAUGGGGAAACUAGAGAUCUCUUUGUUACUGUUGAUGAUCCCAAAAAACAUGUGUGCACAAUGGAGACAUAUAUCACAUACAGGGUUACAACAAAGACCACACGAGCAGAGUUUGAUUUGCCAGAGUAUUCUGUCCGCCGGCGGUACCAAGACUUCGACUGGUUGAGAAACAAGCUGGAAGAGUCUCAGCCAACGCAUCUCAUUCCUCCUCUUCCUGAGAAAUUCGUGGUAAAAGGUGUUGUUGAUCGCUUUUCUGAAGAGUUCGUGGAGACAAGGAGGAAAGCAUUAGACAAAUUCUUGAAGAGAAUAACUGAUCACCCAGUGCUUUCUUUUAAUGACCACUUCAAUGUGUUUCUCACAGCCAAGGAUCUUAAUGCCUACAAAAAGCAAGGAAUGGCAUUGCUGUCGAAGAUGGGGGAGUCUGUCAAAUACGUCACAGGAGGCUACAAAUUAAGAAGUCGGCCACUGGAGUUUGCAGCCAUUGGGGAGUAUCUAGACACAUUCUCUCUAAAGCUUGGUACCAUUGACAGAAUAGCACAACGGAUUAUCAAGGAACAGUUGGAAUACUUGGUGGAACUACGAGAAUAUGGACCUGUUUAUUCAACCUGGGGAGGGCUGGAGGUUGAGCUAUCAGAGCCACUGGAAGGGGUGUCUGCCUGUAUUGGGAACUGCUGCACAGCUCUUGAAGAACUCAGUGAAGACAUGACAGAAGACUUCCUGCCUGUGCUUAGGGAAUAUAUAUUGUACUCAGAGUCAAUGAAGAAUGUGUUGAAGAAGAGAGACCAAGUUCAAGCGGAGUAUGAAGCAAAACUGGAAGCAGUAGCCUUGAAAAAAGAAGACCGUCCAAAGGUACCCACAGAUGUUGAGAAAUGUCAAGACCGAGUAGAGUGUUUCAAUGCUGACCUGAAAGCAGAUAUGGAGAGAUGGCAGAACAACAAAAGACAAGACUUUAGGCAGCUACUCAUGGGGAUGGCUGAUAAAAACAUCCAGUACUACGAGAAGUGCCUUACGGCGUGGGAGUCAAUUAUACCACUAUUGCAAGACAAGCCAGAGACCAAAUAAGAAGUACCUUCAUGGACAGAAUAGCACUUCUGUGCUUAGUACCACUAGACAUACUGGAACUGUAUGAAGGACUCCUUUUGUCAAGUUGUUUGCCAGCUGUGUUUAGGCUGGAACAGGCGCUCUGAAAACUAUUUGAAUUCUUUUCCUUACUCUGUUUAAACUGGGGUAUGUUUCAUCUUUUUGAGUUAUCUUGAGUGGUUCCUUCUUUAUCCUAUGGAGUGAUUGGGGGUUCAUAGUGAAAGUGCACGGGGAUCUUGAUAAAACUUACCUCUCUAGUCUGGAAGGAACUGAUGAGUGGAACACUAAAAAGAUGAAAAUAAAACUCUACUGCAAGGUGCCAAAUGACAUCUUUAUUACCAGUCUGUUUUGUUUGCUUAAAAAAAAAAAAGAUAAUUAUUCCUAUGAUACAGUACUCCCUAACCAAUCCUUAUCCCUUUUUUUUGGAUGGGCAGGGAAAGGCUGGAAACAAGUAUUUUCUGUUUUUCUACCAUCCAUAUGCUCCCUCUGGAUAAAAUGGUUUCUGAGGACUUUUCUGUGUGGGAGUUGAGCUGGUCCUAGAUGGAACAUACCAACACCACCUGCAGAUAGCUUGUAAUGCAAGCAUGAACUGUGGUUUUUGUGAGUGUGGCAUGCUGUUGGUUCAUAUUGAGUAUCUUUAUUUACCUUGGUGAUUGUGAAGUAAUGUCAGUUGGCUGAAGCGUACUUGUGACUUACCUGGGGAUCAAAAUCAGCCUAGCUGCAGGAGCGUGUUGAACAGCAGCCUGUCAAGGCUUAUGGGAAUGGUGGAAGCAAGUGUGAGUCUUUAGUGUAUUUUGUCUGAAGUUAGCUCUGGAAGUUGCAUGGUAGAAUUCUCUUGGUCCAUGCUUUAAACAUUUCUGGGUUUUUUGUGUUUUUGUUUUUUUUUUUCCCCUGAACUAGAGCCACUUUGGGCUUGGUCACUUCAGGUGCCUGCUGUAGUAAAGGCAGAACUCUUGCUUUCUCUCCCCAUGUUUGUUUGCAGCAGCCAAAAGCCAAAAAGUGUAAAAUGCUUGCUUACACCAAGCAUCAUUGUGUGUAAAACUUGCCUUAAACAAGUCAGUGGGGGUAGAUGGGUACCCUGUUAGGUACACAUAAUGUUCAUACUUGUCUCUACUGAACUACACGGCAAGUGUUUUAAGGCUACUUUUGGUACAGAACUACUUUCUUAGUAGUUUUUACUGGCCUUUAGAAAUCUAACUGCUUCUGCAAGUCCUUUUUUUCCCUUUCUUUUGCAGUCCAACCUCAAGAAAAUGCCUGCUUGGUGUUAAUGGCCUUAGGAAUGCUGCUGUGAUUCCUAGGGUCCCAGUGUCUUGGUUUAAGAGCAUGCAGAUAAAUCCUUUUAAACCGUCCUAAGUGAGGGGGUUUGGGGCUAAUAUCUGUGUAAUAUUGGGAUUUGGGGGGGGAGGGGAAUAAAUAACUCUGAGCACUUACUGCUAAACUUGAGUGAUGACUUGAUCUCUGGCAACAGUCUUGCGAAGAAUCUGAGCACUAAUUGAGUGUGUGCAAUUUCUGUGUUCUUCUGUGAUGACCUACCAGGUACCAGUCUGGUUUGGACUUUAUGCCUUCAUAAAAGCCAAGUAUACCUGAAGCCCUCCCUACUCAGCUUGGUGGCUUUAUAGCAACUGUCAAGAUGAGUCAUUUAGCAAUGUGGUAGCUGUCAGGCUAAUGAGAUGACACCCUCUGGAUGCAAAAGCCAAGUUAAAGACACCUUAAGAGGUCUUCCUUUUUGACUCAGCCUCCUUUGACAGCUCUGUGGUACUAAACAAACUAUGCUUUUUUGGUUCAGGCUCACAGUUUAUAAAUAUACACUUACUUUGUGUAAACAAGAACUCUGCUUUAAGUUGCCUUAGGUUCAGAACGACGAACUACUCUUGUGCAAGGCAAGUGCUUAAGGGGAUCAUCCUGAAGCAGUAACCAAGUGUUUUCCUCAAUGUUUCCCUUCUAAAAUAAGCACUUGCAUAAAAUUUAACAGCCUGACAUUCAGGGUUAUAGUCUUCCCUGUUUCCCACAAACGCAGAUCAACAUGCUUUCUUGAGCUCAUUCCUGUGUGGGAAGUGGAAUUCUGUAGCUGACUCUGCAACAUCACUGGGAGUCAAGCAAAAUGUAAUUUGAACUAAUAUUUCGACAGUCUUCCCUUCACUUUAUCAAAAAAUAGUGUAAGAUGAGUCGCAAGGGUGGUGUUUCUUUUCCUACCAGUGAGUAGGUUUCACCUGAUGCCUUACAACACUGAGGUCCUAUUUCCCUCUUAGUUUUAUGUCAAACUGAAGUGGGUGUUUUAUCCUGGGGAAUUUAACAAUUGACAUCACAGCUGUUCAUGAGAAGCAUAAUGGACAGUGGGGAGUACCAAGUGAAGUUCAAAUCAACAUGUAACUGUUGACGAGCAGCUUAGAUUUUCUUUAAUCUGAUGCCACUGAUUCUGCAGCAUAGUUUUUAAAAUAGUCUUCAACCAAAGCAUGUUUUGAUUUCAGAUAAAUCCCUUUCUAGCUAAGCUGUUGAAGGGCAGGCAUACUUUGCACUUCUCUGUCAGAGUAUGUGGCUCUGUGGCACCUGCAGGUUGCUUUGGAGGAGAGGUUGGAAUGUGCAACUCAGGCUGUGGCCACUAGUAGGAUUUUUUAAAUAUGAUUGGGAAAACAUAACUUCUUAAGUCCCUACAAGGGAAGUGAAGCUUAACAUACAAAAGAGUAGUCCUCUGAAAGAAUUGCUGUAGUGUAAGAAGGGUGUGUAGUGGUGGGUCUCUCAGCUCUUGUGGGCUAUGGAGGAGCCUCUUCAUAAAGAGCUUUUGUAAAUCACUAGGCAACUGGGAGAGGCUGUGAGGUGUGGGGAGGAUCCUGACUGUGAGGUUUGGGGCAACAGUACCCAACAGGAGAACUACAAAAUAGCAGGAAACUCCUGUAAGAUGUAAAGUGACACUUGUAGAGCGCACUUACUUCUAUUAGCAAGAGGUUGAGAUCUGAACAGUUACUGAAACUCUGACAUGUUAUCCUGUAAUCCUUACAGGAUAAGAGUCUCUCCUUUGGAUGGCCCAAACCUUAAGCGUGAAAAGGUGUUGCUAAAGAGGAGCAGGAGUAAUGCAGGAGCUUCAUCUUUGAGUAACUUCUUGAGUGUUCAGUCACUUAAGGUCAUCCUCUGCACAUGCACUAAAAUGACGUCAAAAGUAGUUGCACCCUUUCUAUAAGCCUAGGUAACAUGUGGGUCCUUCAACAGUCCUUAAAUUAGCUCAGUUUUCCUUGUAAUCCAUAGCCAGACCAAGUUCCCUCUCAGAGGAUGCAUGAUUUACUGCUGUCCUGGUUACUUCUGUGUAAUUUCUGGGAUGUUUGUUUCUUCUCUUAACUGGUACCAGCACAAUAAAGCAAGCACUGAGAUCUUGUUUUCAUGCUUGGUAAUGAAGCAUGUAAUGUUCAUCUGUAUCCUUACCAGAUUCUGACAUUUGCAAUAAACACAGAUGUUAAAACAUCAUGUUUUUUUCAGGUAUCCAUUAAAAAAUGAAAAGAUAAUAGGUGUAGCCCUUCUUGUGUGAGUUGUAUCAAAGAAUAAAAUAUAGAUACUUGACUGAAGUCUGCUUGGAUUUUUGUCACACUGACACUUAUGCUAAGGAUAGAGCAGUAGGAUAAGUGGUAGAAAAACAUGUGCAAAGCAUGAGUGGCAGAGAUGGUCCUGCAGAGGUACUAUGAGGUAGCUUUGCAGCCCUGGCUCUGCAUAGCCUGUUCAUGAUGCAUAUUGUUUCAGGUGUCAGUCCUGCAGAUGCCAAGGUACAAAAGAAUUCCCUUCCACCAGGGACUGUUCAGUGUUUUAACAGGAGCCACACUUUUGUUAAAACUUGCACAAUUUAACUGAGUAUGAUUAAUGUUCCAGACUGUUUAAAAUCCUGGUGCUGAUAACCACUGAGCAAAAUUACAUAGACUAAACUAGCUCAUUAGUUGUUUAGCCUUCUUAAAGUCUGAAGGUAGAACAGUCUUUCCCUUGGCAUAUUAACUUUUACUAUAAAACCCAAUAAAUAGGGAAAAUGGGGUCUUUUUCUAAUGUAGGGAACUUGCUAGUACUUGCCAGGUUUUGGUUUUGGUUUGGGUUAUCUUUUUUGUAUAGUAAAACUGGGGAUCACAGGAAUAAACUUGCCUUCUGGCAGCGUGAAUGUGGCAUUUUAAACUUUUUGGGAGUGCUGUUUAACCAAUUUUAUGGAAUAAAAUUAUAAUGCUUAAUUCUAUACUUAGCACUUUGGAGUCUUGCCAGGGUAUCUGACUUGUACAAGUACCGAGUAAUGAACUAGGCAAGUUUUAAGGUUGCAUGGCUAAGGCUCGGUACUUGUGCAGAAAAUAAUGCACUUUCCAAAAAGACAUAGUAGAUCAUCCUUACGUAAGUGGCAUGCUACAAUGUUAAAGGCUAGUUGCUGUUCUAGACUAGCUUGAAGGCCUCAGUACUCUAUGCUUUGAAGCUAAACCACUUCCUUAACACUGCUGCUGGCAUAUGUUUCCAUACGUUCACAUCAAGCAGCAGUGUUGGGGCCAGUGCCACAUUCCCACUGCACAGGGAGACAGACUGCAGCGGGACAGUCUUACAACAGCAAACAGCUAAAGGGCUUUUGUCUUUUAGUAUAUGAAAAUAAAGCAGCACCGUCCUUGUUCUCUUUUCCUCUGAGCAUGCAUCCCUCUGUCCCUCCUUAAGGUUUGGAGAGUUGGGUCAUGCAGGUGGAGCUAAGCUGGCUGGGAGCAGAGGUGGAUCUCAUCCCCCUCCUUGUUGAAGGUAUCAGUAUUGGGGACCAAAAUGGUGCUGGCUCGUUGCCCGGACUCUUCUGUUUUCCACCUCUGUAAACACACUCUGCAGAACUAAAGUCACUGUUCACACCAUUAAAAACCAAAAUAAAAGCUGUGAAAUGACUUGUCUCCGUGUGAAUUAGGUAGUAAAUGAUGUAAAAAAUGGGAAGGAGGGUUUUGUUUCCUGCACUCGACCAAAUCUGGCAACAGUGCUCUUGUUCAGACUCGCAGGCUAUGAAAUGUUGUCUUGCCUUCUGGUGCUGGCAUGUUUCUAUAACCUUUCAUAUAUCUCUGUAUAAAUAUAAUUUGUGCAUUGUUUACUAUGGAACUAGUAUUGAUGGAGGAAAACACUUUGAGGUAAAAAUGUUUGUAAUUCUCUAUUAGUGUGUACAUUUUUUUAAAAUGCACCAUUUGUUUACCUCAAUUAAUUUAAUGGAAUGGACCAAUAAAUGUAUUAAAAGAUGACUCCUUUAUCUAUAAUAUAAA